AUGAAGACAUUGAGCAGGAGCGUCAAUAUGAGUGAUCAUAUCGAGUUGGCGAAAUUCCUCUUCGUUCGUCUACAUCAGCUCGGUGUAGGGUCGAUUCACGGUGUACCUGGCGAUUUCAAUCUUACGAUUCUUGACUAUGUUGAACCUGCUGGUCUUACAUGGGUAGGAAGUGCCAACGAGCUAAACGCUGCAUACGCAGCUGAUGGCUACGCGAGGAUUAAGGGGAUCUCAGCUCUCAUCACUACGUUCGGGGUUGGGGAGUUGUCGGCAAUCAAUGGAAUCGCGGGAGCUUAUGCUGAGAGGUCUCCUGUGGUUCAUAUUGUCGGUACACCUUCCACUGCCAUGCAAGAUGCUGGCACUUGUUUACACCACUCACUCGGUGAUGGAGAUUUGAGAGUGUAUUCACGAUUAUACAAGAGCGUUACCGUCGCGCAGACGAAUCUGAGAGAUCCCAAGUCGGCACCCCAGCAAGUGGAUGCGAUAUUACGACAAUGUAUACUUGAGAGCCGACCGGUAUACAUCGAGCUACCGACUGAUAUGGUGUCGGCUCUGGUACCAUGUUCUGUUCUUGAGUCACCAAUCGACCUCACUGUAACAUCAAGUCAAGAGCUUCAUGAUGCUGAUAUUGACGCUAUUAUUGAAAGGAUACAUACCUCCAAACAACCAUUUAUAAUCGUGGAUGGGUUUGCUUCGCGGUACGGUAUUGUCUCAGAAGUGAAUGAGCUUGUACGUAUCACGGGCAUUCCUACCGCCACAACGCCUUUUGGCAAGGGCAUCGUUAACGAGGCAUAUCCAAACUUUUAUGGGCUGUAUGAAGGAGUAAUAGGAACGAAUAUACCCAUAACAUGGGCCGAGAAGUGCGACCUUAUCCUUCGGAUAGCACCUCUUAACAGUAACGUGAACACCUUGAGUUUCAGUACCAUUCCCGAGGCUCAAAGAACCAUUACCUUCAACAAGGAUUCGAUCAAUAUUUGUGACACCACAACGUUUCGUGACGUUGACAUAAAGGCCGUGUUUCAAGCUAUUCUGCAGCGAAUGCCCCAGGACAAGCUCCCGCAUAACGAAGUGUACCCACAGCAACUGCAUCACCCACUGCAAGAGCUCACUGCGCUCCCAGAGCCGACAGCAGAUGGUGUUGUUGACCAAGGCACAUUUUAUCGCCGUAUCUCAAGCUUCUUCCGACCACACGACAUCAUCUUAGCCGAAACAGGGACAGCUUCGAUAGGCUCCCGGGAAUUCAUCCUGCCCGAGAAAACGCAACUGCUGAACAGCAGCAUCUGGCUCAGCAUUGGUUUCAUGUUGCCCGCAGCCCAAGGUGUUGCACUUGCGCAACGCGAGCUUGGUGCCUCGGGCAAAUGUCUCCCUGGACGGGUGAUACUCUUUGAAGGCGAUGGCUCUUUUCAAAUGACCUCCCAGGCGAUCUCGGACAUUGUUCGCAAUCGAUUGAAUGUCACCGUGUUUCUCUUGAAUAACGAUGGUUAUACAAUUGAACGUCUGAUCCAUGGCAUGAGCGCACACUACAAUGAUAUCCAACCAUGGCGGUAUCUUCAAUCCGCCAGCUACUUCGGUGCACCUGAGGAUGAUGAAUCGUACCCAGUCACCACGAGAAGGGUGGGAAACUGGGGACAACUAAUGAAUCUGAUGCGGGAUGAGGAUUUUUCCGAUGGAAAGGGGUUCAAGAUGGCAGAGAUUCUCAUGGCGAAAGAUGAUGCUGUGGAGAGUCUCAAAACCCUCGUCAAUAAGGCUAAAAGUAGUGCUCAGUAG